UAUGUUCCUGUGCCCACCACGUCUCGGCGCGAGUUCAGAGAGAGUGCGGUGAUACUCGGAGCUGACCCGGGGAUCACACAGCGCUGGUGGUGGUGUGUCAUUGGGAUAUCACCCAGUGAAACCCGAAACAUAUGUCAAAGGAAUAUUUUCACGAGUAUCAUUUCCACUAUCUACAAAACUGUGGUCACAGUGGUCCACGGUUGACACAACCCAGCGCUAACAUCUGCACGAAGAACAUCACAUUCUGUACCCUUCAUUCUCUGACCACUGGUUUGUGCUGUGACAGUUUAUGGUUGUAACGACGCAAAAGGUUACUCCAUUCACCAAAGUCUUCACACACUGAUCGUAAGUUCUAAGACUGCUUCGCAAAUCAAAUGGACACAUUGCAGCCGGACUAAUAAGGCAACCUACUGCCACCUGACUAUACUCUCAGGAAGGACACUGGACUGGAAAGCGUCGCUUGUGAAUACAGACUACAAUUUUUGGUACUCUACACGUGACCAUCAUUCGUAAGCCUAGCCUACAAUCGCGUAACCCUAGUUCGUAUCACUGCAGACCGCAUGGUUGUGAUUAAGACUUUGAGAUAAACUUGAAACAAAGUAACUCUCCACCGGCAAUUGGUGACAAGAAGAAAUAAAUUAUUGUUUUGAUUUUUUUCUUGAAGUCUCUCGCACGGCCCAACGAUGAGACUGAGGACAUUCGUCAUAUUCUUUCUGUGCUUAGGCCUACUGGUACUGGUUCAAAUGGCAGAUGGUAAAAAGAAGAGACGUAAGAAGCAAAAACCUAAGCCGACAACUCCAGCACCGACAACCACUAGGACAGCGCCCACAAGAACCCUCCCACCGGCAUCAGAAACGCCCCCAAAUGCCGCCGGUGCCUGCCGACGUUCAUGCGAAAGGAACUCGUACCUUCUACAGGAUCAGUGCGUUUGUGUCUGUGAGCAUGGUUACGAGUACAGUUCGCGGACAGGCUAUUGCGAAGAUAUCGACGAAUGUGCAGAUGAAUCAAACUGUGUUGGCGGGGCAUGCACCAAUAACAUAGGUUCAUAUUACUGCAUCUGCGCAGUUGGUUACAAUCUCCAUGCCAACGGGAAACUGUGCCAGACGGUACCAAAAGUCAUGCCGUGCCGUGGUUUGGUCUGUUUUGGCGAGGCUGAACUUGAUGGGUUACGGUGUCAAUGCUGGUGCAGCGAUCCAGGGCUAAAGUACGAUUACUUCGCGGAAAAAUGUCAAGACAUCAAUGAAUGUGCCUUGGGUACACAUGACUGCGAGCAGGGAUGCAUCAACACAGAAGGCAGUUUCUUGUGCUACUGCUUCCGAGACUUCUCCCUCGACACAGACGAGACUUCAUGUUCCCCCUCCCCGGCACCGGAUCCUAGCAACACGAUGUGCUUUGGGAAAUGCCCGGGAUCGUCAGGGCUCAACCUUUUGAAUUGCAACUGCAUGUGCGACAGAGGCUUUGUUUACAGCGAGGAGGAACAGGCUUGCAUAGACAGAAAUGAAUGCAGAGAGUAUCUGGGCUGGUGUCAGGGAGUCUGUGAGAAUGAACUGGGUUCCUACACGUGCACGUGUCCACAAGGAACAGUGCUAGACGCUGACGGAUGGGCGUGCAAUGAACCCGUCACUCAAACAGAAGAAUUUCAGUGUCUUGAUUAUGAAGUCCUGUGCGAUCAUGGUAGCCAGUGUGUACACGAAGGCGUUAUCUGUGAUGGAUACAAUGACUGUGGGGAUGGAUCCGAUGAAAAACUAUGCAAGCCAGUGUGUCGUCCCGACCAGUUUUCCUGCCCUAAUGGACGCGCUUGUCUCGAGGAAGCGCUGAGAUGCAACGGAGAAAACGACUGCCUGGAUUACUCGGAUGAACUGGAUUGCCCUUGCCAGGACGACCAAGAUGAAUGUCGCGCCUGGUCAAAUCGAGGCGAGUGUGAAACCAAUCCUGGAUGGAUGAACUGGAACUGUCGAGACAGCUGCAAAACCUGCUUAAAUGACGACGGCACAGAAAGUGGCGAAGUAGAGGAGAAUGAGCUUCCGAUGUUAUUUUUCCUGCGAAAUUCGGAAGACUUUGCUUCGAUCUUACAGUACACUCUCCGUAACAUUGGGACCCGUGAGGAGGGAUCGGGAAGCCGAUGGCGCUGCUACACGAUCACCGAAGUCCCCGCGGAUGUCCGGGAAGAAUUCCGACUGAGCUACGCCUACAGGAAGUACGUCCAGGCCUACAACAUCCCAAUUCUGGGCACGGAGCGAACCAACGAGGAGGCCAUGAGGAGGGCCUGUUAUAUGGUCAGGUUCCUGCUGGCUGACAGGAGGGAUAUCAGAGAGGCUAUUUACCGAGCCUGGGGACGGAUAGCAGUCAUGGGUGAAGACGAAGUAACGGUGAUGAUCCCUGAGCACUCCCACCUGCCGGAGGUGUACAACUCCGUGCGCGGGCUUGGCGGCACGCUCCACAUCCCCGUGGCCUCGGGGGCCGCGGAGAAUCUACUCUGCUUGAAUAACGACCCCAACAGCCUCCAGGACAUGUUCGUGCACGUCAUGGCACAGACCAUCAGAAGAGUGUCCAUCACCACUAUGACAAUAAGCUACAACUCAAGACUAAUGGGGGCCUACGUUAACGCCAGAAAGACCGGCCUUUGGGCGAACACCAGGGCACAGUACACGGUGGAUGAGUACUUCGCUUACGGAGUCAUGAGCUUCUUCGACGUGAGCGCUGACACCGAGAUUGAUUCCCGGGAGAAGUUACAGCGAUACGAUCCCGCGCUGUACAACUUAGUCAAGGAAGUCUUCCCUUGUAUGAACACCAUUGUAGAUCGCUGCGAUCCCGACAAAAGUAAAACUUACUCGGAACAGAUCAGAAUGAACUGCAACGAGGGUGAACCAGAUCGCGAGCUGGAUCCAGAUACGAUGGGAGAGGAAGUGUGCAGAAAUAUGCACCACGAAUGUCCCCAAUGGAAGACUGAGGGUGGAUGCGAGAACAACGCGGGCUGGAUGAGCGACCACUGCCCCAUAUCGUGCGGAACUUGCCCCGAGCCGAAAGAGGAGACUGUUGACGAACUGUCAGCGUGUCGAGACACCGACGAGCAAUGCCAAACAUGGGUCCAGGAAGGGCGGUGCGACAGCCACGAUGGAUGGAUGGAGCUUUUCUGCGAGAAGAGCUGCAAUAUGUGCAGAGAUAAACAAGGGAUAGACAUACAACAGGAGGAUGAGGAACAAACUCCGCCACCCUCUGAUGGAGAUGUUGUUGUUGUUGUUGAUGAUAAUGAGGAAGAUGUGGAUGAUGGUGACGAUGACGAUGAUGAUGAUGAUGAUGAUGUGCAGUGUGUCGAUGGCCACUUUCUUUGUGACAUCAAUGCUGAGGCAGGGGAGUGCAUCACCAAUGAAUCAUGGAUGCGGGAACACUGUCCUUUAAGCUGCCAUUUCUGUACAGACUCAGAAACCCAAGUGAUGUGUCAAGACAGUGACCCCAUCUGCAGUGAAUUGGCCAAGGAGGGAAACUGCGAAACAGGAUGGAUCAAAGCCAACUGCAAAAAGAGCUGCAAUGUUUGUUCUGCCACUGAUAAAGAACAGACAACCUCGACUGCCACUAUCUGUGAAGAUAUUGGUCCUUUCUGUACUGAUUUUGCUGAUAAAGGUGAUUGCACCAACAACACAGAGUAUAUGGAAGCAAACUGCCCAGAGAGUUGUGGUUAUUGCGGCAACUCUGAAACAGAGGAGCCCGAGACUAUCUGUGCAGAUUUGGACCCUCUCUGCAUUGGUUGGGCAGAAUCAGGCGAAUGCAUAUACAGCCCGGACUACAUGCAAGUCAACUGUCCUGCAAGCUGUGGCUUUUGCAGUGGUCCUGGAGUGACACCUGUCGAGCCAGAGUGUGCUGACGUUGAUCGCUACUGCCCCGAUUGGGCUGCUGAAGGCGACUGCCAGACCAACCCAGAAUGGAUGGAGGUAAACUGUAUGGUCAGUUGCGGCAUCUGUGGCAACCCACAUAACAGCCAGUGCUUCGACACUGACCCAUACUGUGUUGAUUGGGCAGAAUCAGGAAACUGCGAGUCUGACCGAGACUGGAUGGUUGUUAACUGUCCACAGAGUUGCGGUCUCUGUCAUGGGCCUCUAGUCACCCAGCAGCCGACUGCAAGUACCCAGACUUCUUCCAAUGGGCCGAACUGUAAGGACACUGACGUGCUUUGUCCAGACUGGGCUUUCUAUGGAGGCUGCUAUCAGAACCCAGAGUGGAUGCUCCCAAACUGUGCCUACAGUUGCAACUCCUGCCAUUACAUUGAAUCAAACGAUACUCGCGUGGACCUGGAACCAUCAGAGGAGCCGCUUGGAUGCCAAGACAGGUACAGGCUUUGUUAUGAGUGGGCAUUUAUCGGUGGCUGUCUAACCAUCCCAGAGUGGAUGCUGGCAAAUUGUCCGGUAAGCUGCGACUUGUGUGGUGACAGGCAGAUCGUUACAGGCUUGCCACCUCCAGCCACAACCAAUGCCCAGACAAAUGAAGAUCAUGAUGAGGAGUCACAGAAUAGUGAAGUAUCAGAUUGGAUAGGUGAAGGCAUCCAAACAAGUGACUCAUGGAGAGAAAGCCAAAUAACUCAUUUGUGGGAAGAGAGUGAAUUUGAAGACUCAUUUGAUGAAAACAGUCACUCAUCAGUUGAGGUUGUAAGUAACUUACCCGAUACAGGAGUGUCACAUAGUGAAUUCGUCACUGAAUCUACUGACAUAUUUACCCAGGACACAGAAGUUUCAAUGAAUACAGACUCAUUUGAGGAAAACAGCAACUCAACAGUUGACAUCAUGAGUAACCUACCUGAUGUAGAAGUUUCUCAAGAUGAACUUGUUACUGAAACUGCCAGCCAAUUUACCAAGUACACAGGAAUCUCCCAAAAUGAAGACUCAGUUGAUGAAAACAGAGACUCGACAGUUGAGCUCAUGAGUAACUUACCUGACUUAGGAGUUUCGCGGAAUGAAUUUGUCACUGAAUAUGCUGAAAAAUUUACCCAGGACAAAGGAGUCUCCCAAAAUGAAGGCUUAUAUGAUGAAAACAGGGAAUCGGCAAUUGAUGGCAUGAGUAACUUACCUGAAACAGGAGUUUCUCGAAAUGCAUUUGUUACUCAAUCUGCUGACAAAUUCACCCGAUUUAAUGUUGGAACAAAACCAGCAGAACAAAUGGGCACAAUCACAGGUGAAAGAGGGCAACUGCAAACCUCCGUGACACCAUCUUCCCACUCCUCCACUAGCUUGUCAAGUCAACUUACCAACUCAUCGGAUAAAGUAGUUCCAACAACGUUUCAUGAGGUAAGCAAGUUUCAAACCACUGAAGCGUUUAACCAUGUCAAGCAAUUACCUACAACUGAGAGUAUAUUCUCUGACCCUUCAGAGGAUGUACUCAGGACCUCAUCACCCUCUGAGGCCACUAAACCACAAAAAGAAUCAACUUGGGAAUCACCUUCUGUUACCACACACAGAACAAAAAGAACCACAGAGCCAGUGACAAGUAACCAUCAAACGACCUCCAAGUUUUUCACCAGAUCUUCAGGAGUGAGUACCAUUUCACUUCAAAAAGUAAGCAGUACGUCUGCAAACAAGCAAGUAUUUACAGGAGCAACUGGUACACUAAUGAGUGAUCCUAUUAAAAUACACAGAACCUAUCCCAAUACCGCACCAUCUGAAGGAAGCAUGUCAUUUAGAACAACUGACUCAUCAACGUCUACUGACUCCACCAACAGAAUGACCACACCUGUAACUGUUGCAGAUUCCAAAAGGACCCAUUCACCAAAUUUGUUCACCACAUCUGAACAUUUAGGACAUCGUACAACACUUACACAGCUCCUUCACAGAUUAACCCAAAUGCCACAAGAGAAUGGCACCCCAGUGACUGAAGAAUUGACAAAGCAGCCCACUGCUCCAAUCACCGAUGAGGUUUUGAGGAUAUCAACAACCACGGAGCCCCAUGGCAGUCCUCCAACUGAUGACUGCAUUGACAAACGUCGAAGGUGCCCGGUCUGGGCUUCCAACGGGGGUUGCACAAAACGCGCAUCGUUCAUGCGCAAAAACUGCAGGGCCAGCUGCAAUUUAUGCGAAGUCAUUGUAGACGAACCAAUGUUCUUGGGAACAUCACCACCACCAACCACCGUCGAGAGUCCUAUGUUUGACUGCACUGACACCAGCAAGUUUUGCCCUGUAUGGGCGUCUAAUGGAGGAUGUGCAUCUAAUCCCCGCUAUAUGCUAAUCAACUGCAGAAGAAGCUGCGACUCUUGUGAUUACACAUCGAGUCUCGCUGAGGAUGAAUACGAUGAAGUCUCAGGGUCUGAAGAUGACAACCUAGUAUCAAAUAAUGAUGAAGAGUCCUUCCUCGUCACAAAAAUGACAACUUUGUUUCCAACUCAAGAUACAGUGAUGAUCGGAACGACCGACACAGAAGAGUGUUUGGACUCAGAUGUAUUAUGCACAGCGUGGGCAAAGAAUGGCGGAUGUGUGGAAAACCCAGGCUGGAUGCUUCCAAACUGCAGGAAAAGCUGUAACUCCUGUGAUUAUGUUGAAGAGGCAGAAUCAAUGUCAUCGGAACCAGUGGACCAGUCGGAGAGUGAGCCAACAUCAUUCGAUGAAACAACAAGAGUGUCAGUACAACAGUCGACCACUAACCCACCAACCAACCACAAUGACACAAGUGAGGCUAACUGUACCGACUCCCACUCAAGUUGCGAACACUGGGCAUCCAUUGGAGAGUGCACAGCAAAUCCAAGCUGGAUGGAGGCACGCUGUCAAAAGAGCUGCCACACUUGCCAAAACUACUGGUCUGACUGCAAUGAUGACUACGGAUCAGCGUGUGAGGGCUGGGCGGAUAUCGGAGAGUGUGAGGCUAACCCAUCUUGGAUGCUGAAGAACUGCAGGAAAAGCUGCAACACCUGCAAUGACACUUUCAACGAAGAUUUAUGUGCUGACCGCUAUGACAAGUGUGCAAAAUGGAAGGAGGAGGGGGAAUGUGAUUAUGAUCUGGACUGGAUGAGGUCAAACUGCAAGCGAAGCUGCGGAUUAUGUGCCAAAGACAGAGAUGAAGUAGAAUGUCUUGACGUGUAUGAUGACUGCAACCAGUGGGCUGAAGAUGGGGAGUGCGAUUACAACCCAGUAUGGAUGAGAAUCAAUUGCUGCCCUACAUGUCUUGAGAAGGAGCCAACCUACUGUGUGGACAAGGAUGAACGCUGCGUGAAUCUGACAAAAGAGGGUGCCUGUGAGUUCGACAGAGAAUGGAUGCUGGUACACUGCAGGAUGUCAUGUGAAGCUUGCAACAUUUCAAGUUUAAUCAUUCCACACCCAAAGAAGGAUUGCACUGAUGAAGGAGACUUCUGCGCAGAACUAGCCCUGGAGGGUGAGUGCGAGACUGAUAAGGAGUGGAUGGAGGACCACUGCUGUCACUCAUGCAGUAUUAUGCCAAAAGACUUUACACCUGGCUGUGCAGAUGUGAGGGACGACUGUAAAAAGUGGGCAGAGGCCGGAGAGUGCGCCACCAAUGAAAACUACAUGAUGCUCCACUGUGCAAAAAGCUGUGAUAAAUGCUCAGAAUGCUUUGACAGUGACCCCACACGCUGCAGUGAGCUUGCCGACGAGGGCCAAUGUGAAGCCAGCCCAGGCACCAUGCUGGCCUACUGCCCUAAAACCUGCAACAUGUGCAUUUAGUAGGCGAGU